UUUCCUUCAUGGACAGUUAAAUGCUUUGUUCAUAGGCAUACAUGUAUAUUAAAUUAGUGUUGAGUGUACAUGCAAUGUAAAAUUCUAGUGGUUUUAACAUAUUUACUUAUUUCGGAAACGGUUCAUACCUUAAAUUUUGAAUUCGCUGAAUUGUCAUGAAAUGGGAACCCUUAAUGCUAGCGUGUAUCAAGUUCAAAUGAACGCCAAAAGACCAAAAUCCCAGCGGACAAUAUCGGACUGGGAGUCAAAAUGUGAGCUCUGUCGAACACCGGCUACGGUGGAAUGGAAGUGUUUGAAUUGCUCUGAUUUUAUGUGUGCUAACUGCUACAAGAUCCACAAGCACGGUAAACUGACAAAGAUGCACACUGUCAUUUCCAAGACGAACAGAGGCAGCGAGAGCAACCUUCUUCACAACAUAAGAUGUGAUAAGCACUUAGAUGAAAACGUAGAUAUCUUUUGUGCUAAGUGCGACAAGCCGAUUUGCAAAAUAUGUCUGAUAGCGGAGCACAAUUCGCACAGUUUGACGCAAAUGGAAACAAAAGCGGAAGAAGAAAGCGCCAAGAUACGGAAAUUGUUGAGCGAAGUUUCGGCUACCAAAAUUAAACAUUUUCAAGAACAAAUAACCAAUCAAGAAGCAGCUAUCGAGACUUUCAGCCAGAAGGACAAAAUAGCUACACGUGAUAUAGAAACAAAAACGGAGAAGAUGAUAGGUAUUAUCAGAGAAAUCGGCAACAAACUAAUAAAGGAGAAUGUCAAUCGAUUGGAGUCUAUGAAAAAUCACAAAUCGUCACUGGCGAAAGAAUUGGCACAAAUCAGAAAAACUGUAGAAGAGGCGGAAAUCAGCCUGCAGAGAGGAAACGCUCUGGAAAUAAUUCAGAAGUCGCAUUACUUUGAAAGAAAACUUGACCAAAAAGUCCCGGAUGUACUGCAUCCAGUGUAUCACGAUUUCUCCAAGUUUAGAAUAGACAAGGAAAUUCUAACGGCUUUGAAGAAGGAAUGUAAUGUAAGAUUGCAUGAACGAGAUUUAGCGGAGUUGCUGGAGAAAAAUAAAGCUCUACAACAAGAGCUGGACAAAGUAACACUGGAGAACGAGAAGCAGAUGAAAUCUCUACAGUCUAAACUGAACGCAGUCACCAUCAGGAAAAGGUAA